AUGCCGGGCUUCCCGGUGCGCGGAGCCCCGGGGAGGCUGUGCGUGGGCCUCGCCUGCGCCCUGGGCCUUUGGAACGCAGUGGCUGCUAUUAAAGGAGAAGCCAAGAAGGAAAAGGUCACAACCUUCCUACCGACAACAGGGGCUGGCAAUGAAGAAGCCGGGAAGGAAAAAGCCGGGGCUUUCCUUGGUGCGACAGAGCUGCCGGCGGGGGCAGCGGCGGACCUGUCCGCACUGAGCCUGACGGAGGUGGUGAACGGCAUGCUGAGCAGAGCGUUACAAGAUCGCAAGAAGUUCUUCUCCUUGCUCAGCAUCACGUCCUACAGCUCCUUUGCCUUCCACAAGCUCUCCGUGGCCCUUUACAACAUUUCUCACCUGAAGACAGUGGACCAGGCCACGUUCCCCACGCGGUACUGCUACUGCUUAAGCAAUCGGACCAAUGACCUCUCAGAUUUCACAGCCCUGCUGGUGGACAUCAUUGGGAAUUCCACCAGCUACCUCACCGAGAUUUUUAAGUCGACCUCUAUCCUCUCAGUGAGUCAGACGAAUGCCUCCGACUGCAUCUUCAUCUGCGUGAUGACGGGGAAGGCAGGACGGAACCUCUCUGACUUCUGGGAGUUGGCGGAGAAAUCUCCGGUCAUCAAUUACACCUUCACCAGCAGCCUGGCCGCGGCCCCGGCUACCAGGGGGACAGCUGUGGCUUCCAAGCUCACACCCACAAGCCCGCAAACCCCGCCGAGGACAAGCCCUCCACGCCCAGCCCGGAGCACCGGCGUGUCUGCUCUGAGAGCCUCUCCCUGGACCGAGGUGCCUGAUCCUUCGGAGGGAGAGCAGGCGGUGAACACAGACAGGCUUCCUGAACUCCUCGCCACGGCCACGGCCACGGCCACGGCCACGCCGGGCAGCGUCUCUCCCACCCUCCCAGGCUCGGCGACAUCGCCCACAAAGACCAAGGACACCGGAACCACGGGGAGCCUUUCGGAGCCUCCUGCCAGGACACACGGCAGCCCUUCCCAGGCCAGCCCAACCUCUGGGACACUCACUCCGGGCACACAGACUUCCAGUCCCACCAAGGCCCCGGCCCCCCGGUAUCCACAGACAGGUGACCUUCUGCGGCCAUUGCCCCCUGCAGAGGAGCCCGCCCUGGUCCCGGGACCCCACCACGUUCAUGUCUCAAGAACUGGAUCCCACUCGUCCUCCUCCGUCCGCUCAGACCUGGCGCAGAGCUUUACGGGGCAGCGGGCCGCCCACAAGCUCACCCCCUGCCUGAUGGAGCUGUGCCGGUUUUUCCAGCAGUGCCUCUGCGCGAGCCCGAGGAGGGACCCCAGGACGGAGGCCAUGAGGUACUGUCUUGAGUUCUAUUCCUGGUUUCUGAAGAAUGCAACCCACAUCUGCCAGGAGGCGAAGAGGGUGCCCCACUCGCGCACCUUAAAACAACGAUGCCUGGAGAACAUCUGCAGGUCCGUGUGAGGCCGUGAGAGAACAAUGGGACCUCACCAUGAACCCAGCCAUCUCUUCACCCUGGCCCCGGCCCCAGUGGGCUGCACUGGCAGGAUUCACCCGGCCUCAGCUAGACCAGGGGUGGGGAACCUUUUCCUGCCCAGGGCCACUUGGAUAUGCCCAGCCUCAUUGGAGGGCCAUACACAAUUAUCAGCUUAACAAUUAGCCUGCUGUAUUGGUCAAGCAUGUAAUUAGCUCACCCCCAAUGUCCCUGCAGGCCCAGACCUAAUGAU